AUGCUGACUCCGACUCUACACACCGUUCUCUUCGCUGUUUUCGCAAGCCUCUUCGUCUCUGCUCACUGCGACAAUCGAUCUUGGAAAGAUGCUGCUCUGUUCAUCUUCGGUGACUCCCUCAACGACGCCGGAACCAACGCCUAUCUAUAUCUAAACACCACUGUGGUUAGUCGAUCAAAUUUUCCUCCUUAUGGCGAGACAUUCUUCCACCAUCCCACUGGCAGAUACUCCGACGGUCGUUUGAUCGUUGAUUUCAUCGCUGAACAUGCAAAGCUGCCACUGAUUCCGCCGUAUCUCCAAAUGAAAGGCGGUGAAUUCAUGGGAGGGGCGAAUUUCGCAUCCAGUGGAGCCGGCGCUUUGGUUGAAACUUAUAGAGGAUACGUGGUGGACUUGAAGACGCAGCUGAAGCAGCUUGAACAGCUGGAGAAGAAGCUGAGGAAGGAGAUGGGGAGCGAGAAGGCGAAGAGGAUAAUUAAGGACGGUGUCUACUUAAUUAGCAUCGGAAGCAAUGAUUACUUGUUCCCUCUCCUUUAUAAUUCCACUCUGUUUCAGUCCAUUUCCAUGGAGGAUUCCGUGGGGAUGGUGAUUGGAAACAUCACCAACGUGCUCGAGGGAAUGUACAAAGUAGGAGGAAGAAAGUUUGCAAUGAUAGGAAUACUUCCAUUUGGGUGUGUGCCAGGCAUGAGAGCAUUAACCAGAAAUGGUUCUUGCUCAGGUGAAGCCAACAAUCUGGCAAAGCUUCACAACAUUGCUCUUACUUCAGUUCUCACUAAGCUGGAGACUCGUCUUCAAGGAUUCGAGUACUCCUACUUCGAUUUCUACACGGCCACCAGGGAGAGAAUCCAACACCCAUCCAAAUAUGGUUUCAAGGAAGUGGAAACCGCGUGUUGUGGUUCGGGUCCUUAUAGGGGAAAUUUCACCUGCGGAGGGAAGAGAGGAGUGAAUAAAUUUUCAUUAUGCCGUCAUCCUGGGAAGUACCUGUUCUUUGAUGCCUUCCAUCCAACUGAGAGGGCAAAUCGGCAAUUUGCGCAGUUGAUGUGGAACGGGAAUCCUACUAUAAUCAAACCUCACACUCUGAAAGCAUUGUUCAAGCACGAGGGGAUUUGAAUUUCCUUUUUCUUCACAAAAUCGUAGGUAAACAACCACAUCCCACUCCAACGUCAAAUCUUGAGUGACGGAGCAUGAUGUUGGACCGAUUGUAUGGCUGCACUUUUGUUAAAUAAUGGGGAUGUUUAAAUGAGCCAUAGUGUUGUUAGAA